CCCCCCCCACGCCGGGUGAUGUCACAGCUGUACUACCGGCGCUCGGACAGCUCGUCGUACCGAGACCGCAUCCCGCUGAGAAUCGUCCGGGCCGAGUCGGCGCUGUCGGCGCUGGAGAAGACCUACCUGGGCGCCGUGGAGAAGGGAGACUAUGCCAGCGUCAAGCAGGCCCUGCAGGAGGCGGAGAUCUACUUCAAGAUCAACAUCAACUGCAUCGACCCGCUGGGCCGCACGGCGCUGCUCAUCGCCAUCGAGAACGAGAACCUGGAGAUCAUCGAGCUGCUGCUGGCCUUCAACGUCUACGUGGGCGACGCCCUGCUGCACGCCAUCCGCAAGGAGGUGGUGGGCGCCGUGGAGCUGCUGCUCAACCACAAGAAGCCCAGCGGCGGCAUGCAGGUCCCGCCCAUUUUACUGGACAAGCAGUUCUCCAACUUCACCCCGGACAUCACACCCAUCAUCCUGGCGGCGCACACCAACAACUACGAGAUCAUCAAGCUCCUGGUGCAGAAGGGUGUGUCCAUGCCGCAGCCGCACGAGGUGCGCUGCAACUGCGUGGAGUGUGUGUCGAGUUCCGACGUGGACAGCCUGCGACACUCGCGGUCCCGCCUCAACAUCUACAAGGCGCUGUCCAGCCCCUCCCUGGUCGCCCUCUCCAGCGAGGACCCCUUCCUCACCGCCUUCAGGCUCAGCCGGGAACUGCAGGAGCUUAGCAAGGUGGAGAACGAGUUCAAGUCCGAGUACGAGGAGCUGUCGCAGCAGUGCAAGCAGUUCGCCAAAGACCUCCUGGACCAGACCAGAAGCUCCAGGGAGCUGGAGAUGAUCCUCAACUACAGAGACGACGUCAGCCUGCUGGAGGACGGCGACGGCGACCUGGCCAGGCUCAAGUUAGCCAUCAAGUAUUACCAGAAGGAAUUUGUAGCUCAGCCAAACUGCCAGCAGCUUCUGGCGUCGCGCUGGUACGACGAGUUCCCCGGCUGGAGGCGGCGCCACUGGGCGGGCAAGUUCAUCACCUGCGUCUUCAUCGGCCUCCUUUACCCGGUGUUUGCCCUCUGCUACCUCAUCGCCCCCAAGAGUCGCUACGGGCUCUUCAUCCGCAAGCCCUUCAUCAAGUUCAUCUGCCACACGGCGUCUUAUCUGACUUUCCUCUUCCUGCUGCUGCUCGCCUCGCAGCACAUCGUUACCACCGAGCAGGACCGGCAGGGGCCGGCGCCCACCACUGUGGAGUGGAUGAUCCUGCCCUGGGUUCUGGGUUUCAUCUGGGCUGAGAUCAAGCAAAUGUGGGAUGGAGGUUUCCAAGACUACGUUCAUGACUGGUGGAACCUCAUGGACUUUGUUAUGAACUCUCUGUACCUUGCCACCAUCUCGCUCAAGAUUGUAGCCUACUUCAAGUACAGCGGUAGUAAACCCAGGAACCAGUGGGAGAUGUGGCACCCGACCCUCGUAGCGGAGGCCGUGUUUGCCAUUGCCAACAUCUUCAGUUCUCUUCGCCUCAUUUCGCUCUUCACCGCCAACUCUCACCUUGGACCGCUACAGAUCUCCCUUGGGAGGAUGCUGCUGGACAUCCUCAAGUUCCUCUUCAUCUACUGUCUGGUCCUGCUGGCCUUCGCGAACGGCCUGAACCAGCUCUACUUCUACUAUGAGACCAAGGCAUCCGACGAAAGGGGCAAGUGUAAGGGCAUCCGAUGCGUGGAGCAGAAUAACGCCUUCUCCACGUUGUUCGAGACACUGCAGUCCCUCUUCUGGUCCAUCUUUGGUCUGAUCAGCCUCUACGUGACCAACGUGGACGCGGACCACCAGUUCACAGAGUUUGUCGGGGCCACCAUGUUCGGCACGUACAACAUCAUCUCCCUGGUGGUGCUGCUCAACAUGCUCAUCGCCAUGAUGAACAACUCCUACCAGCACAUCGCGGACCACGCCGACAUCGAGUGGAAGUUCGCCAGGGCGAAGUUGUGGAUGAGCUACUUUGAGGAAGGGGCCACUCUGCCGCCGCCCUUCAACAUCGUCCCCAGUCCAAAGUCUUUCUGGUACCUCAUGUGCUGGAUCAGGACCCAAGUGUGUCGCCGGACCAGCUCCACCAGACACAACACCAUCGGGACUCUCGGAAGGCGGGCUGCAGAGAACCUGAGGAUAAACCAUCAGUACCAGGAGGUGCUGAGGAACCUGGUGAAGCGCUACGUGGCCGCCAUGAUCAGAGACGCCAAGACGGAGGAAGGCUUGACUGAAGACAACUUCAAGGAGCUAAAACAAGACAUCUCCAGUUUCCGUUACGAGGUUAUGGGCAUGAUGAAGACGGGGAGGCUGGCGCUGCAGGGCGAGCGCAAGACCGCCAUCUGCGGCGAGGAGUCUGUCCUGGCGUACCCCAACGCCUCUGGCGCUCACGCUAAGAGCAACCGCUUCAAGAUCGCCGCCUCCAUCCUCAAACAGGUGGGCUCGGCGGCCCGCUCCAGGCCCCCCGAAGCCCCCAACGGCCUGCCCAACGGCGUCCUACCCCAAGCCGGCGCCGAGGAGACGUCCAACCGGCGGAGGGACUUCGGCAAAGACAUGAAGGACUUGGGCUCGUUCCACAAACGCCACCGGGAACCUUCUCGGAACAUGUACUCGUUAUCAGAGGAGGCGGAGUCAGACGAACAGGGUACAACCAGCCCUUCACAGAAGGGAGACAGAGACAGACCCGGCGACUGUAGCUUACCGGACGACGAGGAGCGGGAGGAAGAGAGCGUUUCCUGAACCCACUUUUGGAUCUUCGGGGGACGGGCAAAGUGGUCUUACAAAUAGCACAUAACGUGGACGCACGGUUUAAACUACAGUUUUUCCCCCCUGUCCCUCGCUUAAACCUUGAGUAAAAAAUGCACUAAGACCUGAUAAGAGUUUGAGAGAGACGACCUCUGCUCACGGGUGCUACCUAGUGGUCGUUUGAGCACACUGCAGCUAGUCCUGGAUAGUCCCGCUCCUUAAUACUCUCGUCACACACGGGAUUUUCACCGGCAUGAGGCAAAAAUACAACCGCACCUAAUGUAGCAGGGAACCAAAACAGCAAAAAGGCGACAUAAAGUCCUUAAAGGAAGUUGAAUCUGUUUCUGCUUCCUAGUGCAUGUAAGCCAAAAUGCAGGUUCAAUGGUCCAACCAGGAUUUUUACGGAUUCAACCGAUUAGAGUUGGUCAUCUAUAACACAAAGCUAAGAUUUUUUUUUUGGAUAGGAAUUCUUCUCUGCUUUGUUUUUUGCUCUUCGUCCCCAUUCAGGAAGUGAACAUCCUCCGUCCAAGAAUCAGUGUGUCUGGCCCCGCCCCUAUAGCUACCCCCCCCCUCCCCCCACUGAAGGUGGUUUACAGAGCAGUAUUUUGGUAGCCUUGGCCGUAGAUAUAAAUAGAUAUGCCACGCCCCCUUUGGGCUGGGUUCCUACGGCGAUUCUAAGCUGGUAGGGAAAAAGUGCUAAAAGGAUAAGGCGCGGAAACGAAGAUAUCAAGAAUGCCGGCGAGGGAUGUAAUGAUUGGUGGUACAAUAAUAACCGGUAAAACACCACACGGUUAUAAAUACAUAAAUUGAUUGAUAACCAGGACAUUGAUAAAGUCACAUACUGGUCAUAUUGCUUAUUUACAGGUUACAAAAGUGCCCUCUGGUUGCAU